AUGUUAAGGUUUAUUAUUCCUUUUGGGAUUCCUUUGUGCAAUGGUUUAGCAUUGUUCAGAACAUUUGCACGCCAAAUAUGGAGAUUCUAUGCAGGCCAAAAUCAGUUUUUGUGUGAUUCCAUAUUGGUGGAGCUUGCUGAAGAGCCUGUGAUUUUGGGUCCUCCUUCACAUGAUAAUUGUUCUUCCAAAGAUAAUGCCUUUACUUCUAUAAAUAUAGAAGAGAAGACUAGUGAAGAAGUGGUGAAAGAUAUGGAUUCGACAGUUAUGACAAAUCAAGUAAGAUCUCCAAAGAAAAUGGUUAGUUUUAAUGAGAGUGUAGAGGAAAUAAAACCAAAUAGCUCGAGAAGGAAAAAGACACAGCAAGGCGAGAAAGAGGCUAAACCUACGAAGUCCAUUCUCAAGGUGGGUUCUAAAAUAUUUCAAAAAUAA